CUCUCGCAUCGGACAGGAGUUUAGUGUGAGGCCCCCCCUCCUCGUGGUGUACAUUUAUGCUGUGGGAAAUUUAUUUUCAAUUGAGUGUUGGUGUCCCUUACGGUCGAGUCGAAUGCACUGUGUGUUCCCCUUUUGAUGGCGAAUGGACGACAGAGAUAAGACCGGCAGGGAAAAGCAAGGUGUACAUAAUUGCUGCUACAAAGCUGUAACACUAGCUUGUGGGGUAUUUUUUUGAAUGCACAUCAGGAGAAGUGAAAGAAGUGAAACAGACGAAAUCAGAAAUAAUAAUUAUAAGUAAGUUGGUAGUGGUCCAAAAUUUGAAGAGUUGGUGGAAUAAAAAGAUUGACUUUGCAACUGAGCGGGGUCUGAUUUGAGUGACGAGUCUUGGCUUGGAUUGACACACAAAAAAGAUCGAUUUGUUGCGCUCGAAGGAGAAUUGUAACAGAACACGCGACAACCGAGAACAAAUAAACAAUAAUCUCAGUUCGUGUCGACACGUAGCCGAAAGAUUUUGUCCAUUCGAUAUAAAUCUGUCGAACUGCCAAGCUCAUCCGUUCAGUGAUAAACGGCGGCGGUGAAGUGGAGAAAUGCAGUGACGAUGAAUUGAAUGUGUCGGAUCGUGUGCAACCGACUCAGGUUACAACCGGCACCCUUGCCCACAGUGUUCUGAACUCUCUGAAGGCAUUUUUCUCGCUCGAUUGGUUCGCGUGGGAUCCGAUCGUUGUGCUCCCCCGUGGUUGAAUGACGUCACGUAUCGUAGUGAUAACCGUUUUUAGGACCAUAUGGGUAUGAGUGCGAGUGAAAACGAGUUGCGAAAGUUUCACCCCGCUCACACUGCUGGGUAUGUGAAAAGGAUCGAGUUUCACCGUUCCGAUCGGACCGUGCUUCGCGAGUAAGAAUUUUAAUUAGAACCCAGAGGACGUUUGUCGAAUCGAAACGGGCGUUCGGCCGUGGUCAAACUCGGAGGAGGAACACAUAAACACUGCGUACCCGUAUGGAUCUAGUCAUGGCAGCGUCAGCCAAGAGCUCCUCACCUCAUCGGAUCAAGGUCAAGAAGGAAGUCUGCACUGAGUCAGAUAAUAUUAAGGACUUUGCAGAAACGGCCAUGAACGAUAUCCUCGGCUGGUACGGCUACGGGGACAGUGUGGAUCGUAUCGAUAUCGGCUCGUCGUCAUCCUCGUGCAUUGGAACCGCCGCUGCCACCUCCGCCAUCGGUCCCCCGGCGAACGAAUCGGUGUGUCAGAGCGCCGGCAACAACAGGGAUAAUAGCAGUCCAAACGCUGGCAAAUCCACGGUGAAAUUGAAGCACAACAAGGCACAACAACAGCACAAGCCGAGGCAAUUCAAUAUGCUGCAGCAUAAUUCCUGCGAGCUAAGUGAUACUAUUGCAUCGACAGCAUCAGGUGUAAUGUCGCCAUCGUUAGGGAAGACUGUCAGCAGUGGCAGCAGUAGCAAUGCUAACGGUGGCAGCGGCGCCGGUGGUGUGGGAAGUAAAAACGCCGCUUCCAAUGACAACGAAACCAACAGGAGCAGCAACGCUCGAAAUUGUGUUAAUCUACAUCAUCACGGCGAGAGCUCCACAUCGGAAAAAGACAGCUCACGGGAAAGCUCCAAAAGUCCAACGCUGGUUAAGAUGCUCGAUAAACAAGAAACCAUCUGCCAGUGGUGUCGUCGUGGCGUUCCGCCCAAUCAGACGGGAAUUCUGGGCACAACGGAGGGAACCAUUUUCUGCUCGGAAUCAUGUUUCUCCCAGAGCCGACGGGCGUCGUUCAAACGGGCGAAAACAUGCGAUUGGUGUCGCCACGUGCGCCAUGCCGUCAGCUACGUGGACUUCCAGGACGGUGUCACCCAGCUGCAGUUCUGCUCGGAUAAAUGCCUCAACCAGUACAAAAUGCAGAUAUUCUGCAACGAAACCAAAGCGCAUCUGGACAUGAAUCCGCACUUGAAGGAGAAGGCUGCUUCGACAGGAAGUCUUAUAACCCCAGAAUUAUGGCUCAAGAACUGUAGAAGCCGGUCGGUUUCUCCCAGCUCUGACCGGUCGGACUCGAUUUCUCCCGCUCCAUCGCUACCGUUGCGUCGUUCACCAGGACCUUUAUCAAUGCAACAAGCUCCCGCUACAAAAAAGCCACUGAUUUCGGUGGCUCCAGCCUCGAAAUUGCUUUCGAAGAGUUUGCAAUCGUCCGCGAUUAGAUCUAUCGCCAAAUCGACACGGAAACGUCGAUCUGGACUGCGACAAUUACAGCAGUCGGUCAUCCAAUCUAGAAGAUGUUCUAACAGUAAAGUGGAUUUUACCCCGUCGAAUAACAACAAUAAUUCUAACGUACUCAAUAACAAUCUAGCGACAAACAGCAGUCACCCAGCAAUGUCGAAACCUGCCACUGUGACCAGCAGUGUUCAAGAUCUACGCACAGGAAUUUCAAUUCAGAAUAUGACUCCACCGAAAUUUGAGAAUAGGGAUUCUCCGACAACUCCCAGGACGCCACUCAAUAUACCAUCACCCUUCCUCCAACUGCCAUUCAACGCUGGAAUGAGGCCUCCGUUCCUACCCACUUUUAAUCCCGCCUUCCGUUUCGGCGCACCAUCAACUCAAGCAUCUAUGCCACCACCUCCCCCACUCAACAACCCCCUGCCCAAUAUCGAUAGCCAGAACCGUCAACAUCCACCACUGCUCGGAUUCCCGGCUCCUCCUGUUACGGUUCUAGUUCCAUACCCGAUAAUUAUCCCCCUCCCGCUCCCUAUUCCCAUUCCAAUCCCGCUCAUCGAUUUCCUCAAAGCAUCCAAUCUCAAAUCAGAUGCAGAACCACCCAAAACUGAACCAGCCACUCGACAAUCGCCUGCUCCAUCGGUUGACCAUCUCACCGCUUCUCCUAACAUACAGCAGGAGCAUACAGAAGUGCCAGAACAAGAACCAUUGGAUGAGCUGGACGAAGAAUCUCCCCUUGAUUUCACGGUCACUAGUCAUGAUUUGCGCAUUCAGCGUGAUGAGCGAGAUUCCAGCAGCGCUCGAAAUAACGAUCGAGUAACCUCCGCCACUGGCAGUAGCUACUCAUUAGAACCUGUGCCGCAGUGCGGCACCAACGAGACCAGUUUCGGCGAGGAAGGUGCGAGUCCUGAGCACAAGCUGCCCAAAUUUAGAAUAACGCGGCUGAACAUGCGCCGGGUGGAGGUGUUAGGUGAUGAAGGCGAUGAGGGAUGUUCAGCCAAAGCGGGGAGAAAUCUGGAACAACGGUCCGCGCUGCAGCCGGCGGAUGAAGAUAAAAGUAGAGAAAUGGUCGAGCGGAGUAGGCCGCUGAGGAAGCGCAAGCGCUUGGUUGUGCAACAGGAAGAACCCCAGAAUGCAGAGAACGUAGUGGAAUCGGCAAGUGCUAAUGGUUAGUUCGAAGGAUGUAAUUGUUAUUUUAAAAGCUAAAAGCGAAUUGUAUAGGAUUUGAAAAUACGGUAGAGGCGUAGGCUGUAAAACUAUACUAUAUUAAUGUUGACUGUAUAGGGUUGCUCGGACAAUCAACUUGGAAAAAAACUUUAUGUAAUUCUCUCCGCAUAGCAAUGCAAUGUUUUGAACUUAGACAACGUAAAAUGUGUACUGUUACAGACUAAUGAUUUUUUGGUUGAAACUCUUAGAACUUCUCUAUGUAUCUUACAUACAUACGGGGGAUGAACAUAGAUAUCGAACCAACCUGAAUGUUGUCGGAGUUGAAAUAGAAUCCUGUUAAUACGGAUUUGAGGUUCUUGUCUAGAGUUUCCGAGCAGAAUUCGUCUUUAAUUUUAUUUCUUGUUUGGAAGCAACAAGAAUGAAUGUACGCUUUAUUAUGAACAAUGGUUACAAAUAAUUCGUCUCGUAACGCUCGAAUAACGUAACAGUGAAAGAUUUUAUCUUUUUACAUUAUCUACGAAUCUAGCAAUUUUAUAUGUCUUAGCAGAUUUGGGUGGCUGACUAUCGAACGGAACAAUGAAUAAUCGAUGUAAUUUCUCGAGAAUAUGGCGGUCCGGAAAGGAGAAGUUUCCUAGUAGGUUUCAAUAGGUUUGACAACGUGAGGCCGAGCGCUGUCAUGCUGUAGAAUCACGUUUUCGUGCCUCUGCUACAUUUAUCACCAAGUCCGCAGCUAAAACUUCCCAACGUAUUUGGUCGAACUGGUGACGUAAACGUAUUACCGAGCAUGGGGACUUUCUUUUUUUUUUUGGACUGCUGAAACGAAUUCUUUUCUCUAUCAUUACGAUGCGGUGGAAAAACCUCAUCCAUUUGCCGCUGGAUUGGUUACAAACAUCCAAACAAAAAUUUCGUGUAUUCGGAACGGAUCUUUAUCGAGUAAUUCCAAUUCAGGAUUCGUGGAGGAUGUCCAAAAUAAUGAUCGAAUAGGAAAUUGUAAGGUAAACGUGUGUUUGGAAGGACUCAAGCUUUCUGAAAUCGAUUUUAAAGUAAAUGAUUUUGGUUUAUACUAGUCAAAAAUACGAUCAUGGUUUGUUCACUGUUCUGAAUGCUCUAAUUCAGCACACCUUUGUCAAAUCAGGUAUUAAAAUGAUUCAAAACAUAUAAAUAAAACAAUAUUUUCCAUGAUUUACAGUAGUUUUAUAGUAUAUUAGCUGACCCGGCAAACUUCGUCUCGUCCAAAAUUUGUUUUUCGUUAUUAACGUUAUUAUUGACUUUACCUUUUACUAAAAAAAAUCCUAGUACUUCUACCAAAACUCAUCACUAUAAUAUCAUAUCAUUUUCAGGCACAAUUCUCGUUCACGAUUUUUCAACCACUUGCACAUAACAUGUUUCUCCGUUACAUGGAAUAAAUGUUUGAUACAGAAAAUAUGAUAGAAUAAAGCAGACCCCUUCCCUCUUCACCCCUUAGAGAGGGGGGAGGAGUGUACAUUCACUAGAGACACGUUUCGUGCCGCCUAAAAUCUCCACAUGCCAAUUUGGCUCCAUUUUCUUGAUUAGUUUUCGAGUUAUGCAGAAAUUUGUUUUUCAUUUGUAUGGCAGCCCCCCGUGAGAGAAGGGGGAGGAGUAUCUAACCACCAUAGAAACAUUUAUUGCACCCUAAAACCUCCAUAUGGCUUGAUUAAUUCUCGAGUAAUGUAGAAAUGUGUGUUUCAUUUGUAUGGCAGCCCCCCCCCCCCCUAAGAGAAGGGGGAGAAGUAUCUAACCACGGUAAAAAUAUUUAUUGCAUCCUAAAACCUUCACAUGCCAAAUUUGGUUUCGUUUGCUUGAUUAAUUCUCGAGUAAUGUAGAAAUUUGUGUUUCAUUUGAAUGGUAGCCCCUCCUUAGAGAGGGGGGAGGUGUCCGAAAAACCCUUACAUACCAAUGUUCAUGUCGAUCGGUUCAGUAGUUUCCGAGUCCCUUAGAAUCAGACAGACAGACAGAGAGAAAACCAGAGAAUGAUGAAUGGAUCAAUAUGAUGGCAGUAAACUGAAGCAAUGAUAAAUACAACAUUUACUUGAAAAUUCGAUUUUUUUUCAUUCAAAAAUAGUGAUUUUUUAAACCGGACAAACCAAUUUUUCUCUUUGAGGAAAAUAGUUAAAAACAUACAAAUUUGAAUAAUUUCAACACCUUAUGAUAGUAUUAGCAACUAGAGACUUGGGGCUUUUCAGCAAACCUAAACUCGUAUGGGGCUGUUCACAUACCACGUGGACAACUUUAGGGGGGGAGGGGGGCUGGCUAAGGGUUACGGAAAUGUCCACGUUUAGGGGGUUUAGAUAAUGUCCACGUGGAAUGGGUAAAUAUGUUUUAUAUAAAACAUUCAUGUUUACAGUCAAAAUUGAAUGAGAUCUCUUCUGUAUUUACAAGAUUUUUGAAACUAUACGCCCACCCUGAGAAUUCUGUAUUCAUCAAUAAAAAUACUAAGUUGCCUGAGAGUGCUGCCUGGUCGAACAUCCAUAUUUUUUCAUAAAACUGAACUACUUCCCUGAAAUGUAUAUUUUGAAAAAAAAACGCACAUGAACUUGUAUCGAAUAAUUUAUUCCAAUCGGUAAUAGAGGCCCAUGAAUUCCGUCAGAACAAAGACUACCAAAGACACGAAAAAUGUUGGAAUCUUUGUAGUAUUGAAAAUUACGACUUAAGUGCGGGUUUCUAUUCAGCUUCCGCUCUUGAUGACAACACUGCUUCGUUUCACUUUUUCGAAAUCUCUACAGGUUUUCCGAAAAUUGAAACGAACAAAAAAAAAUCUUCCAUAUUUACAGUGGCGUAGUGUAGAUUGAAAGAACAUAUCUGAUGUUUGGAAAAAUGCAACAGUACUCCUGGUUGCAUCGCACAAUUAUCGAAUAUUUGAAAUUGUCCCACACGUCAAUAUUGAAAAUAGUAUGGUCAACAAUUUUUGUUUAGAUGGGAAAUUAGACUGCUGAUUUGGGUAACGACCUCCUUCAUCAACUGUCGUUUUUGCGUCUUCUUCAAGAUACACUUGUCGAGAACCCACUAUCUCUCUAUGGAGCUCUGAGGUUUUGUGAUGAUUGUAAUCUUCGAUCACCACAAUCACGUUCUUUACGGCAUACAAUUCGAUCGCCUUCAAUUCACGAUUCAGCCGAAAAUACCAUUCAACGAUUACCGGAAAAUUCGUCAUCAGAUAAACAAGCUAGGCGGAAGAACUAGACUAAAAAUGACUAAAAAAAAUAAGGCGUGAAUGCUGGAGUACUUCGUCCAAAGAAGUAGCCGAAAUUUUUGAAGCAAUUCAAGCUCGGCGCAUGUUAUUAACAGAAGUUUCAGAAAGUGAGUUUUUGUUAGUUUUUGUAAGUUUCAGAAAGUGAGUUUUUGUUAGAGAUACCAAUAUUCCGUAGGUAUUUGAAUGCCCCUGAAAUCACGUGGACGAUAUCAAUCAUUGGACUAGUGAAAAUCAUAAUGAAAUCUUCCAAGAAACGCUACCUACAGUGUAAAAACCACACAAACUUGAUAACAAGAAUUGAUUGAAGGGAUGACAACCAAGACAUCCGUCUCAGGUGUCACCCGGUCCGUAUCUCUAUCUAUUUCUUGCAAUGAUGUUUUUUUAUAUCUGGCAAUUUUUUUUUUUAUAGUUCAAUUAGGUUGUAUGAAAUGUUCAUGUUGCUACAGAUGACAAUCAAAUCGAGACACUUAUAAAGAUUGAUCCUCGGUACACGACAUAUGUAUUAGUAGAUUUGCUACAGUUCUCUAAAAUGAAGCAUGGGUAAGAAAAGCGCUUCAAUGUAUGGACUACCUAUCAACCCACAUUCCGGAUCCCGAUCGGAUUUAACAUAUCCCAACUCGAACGAGAUCAACUUUUGCAUUCUGCAAUCCAAGGUUGCAACAUUCGUACAACCCGAUGGGAUUUGACUCAAUCAGAUUAAAGAAUGUGACAUUGUGCUAAUUUCAAAUCUAAUCGGAUUCCGGAACGCAUCUCAAUGUGCAAUUCGUUUCAUAAACGCAACGAAAAUACAUAUUUGUAGCGAAUUGUGAAGGGCAAAUCAAUCACAAUUAUGUUGAGUUAAAGAAAUCUUGGACAUUUGAAUUGAACCCCAAAACAGGUUUUCGCCUGAAGGAAGUCGUGGUCUGGGUCUGGUGGGCCUGGAAGCAAAUCUUGAGCUUGUUAUGUUAUGUUAUGAGCUUUUAACAAACCAAUAAUCUCGAUUAAUUCCAACUAGGAUUGGGCGCUCUUGGAUCUAUGUUCAGAAGAUCGAAUUUUGUCUCUCUGAUUCCCGAUUUUUUGGGUUAAUUAUUUGUACUCCAAAAAUCAUGGAAAUCGAUCUUUUUUUUCGAUAUUUCCGAUCUUUUUAAGUGCAGAUUUUUUUUUGUAAAUUUGUUUUUCAUUGGACAUUGAUUUUAUUCUCAUCCAAAACCACCUAACAAAUUUCAUAAAUAUUUCAAAUUUCAAGGUCGUAAACUUAGGAUAUGGCUGUUUUGUAAAUUUGGUCAUUACAAAACAAGUGAUCACAAAUCAUAUUAGGCUGUCAAAAAAGUCCUGCGGUAUUUCCGCGAGGUGUCGUUGUAAGCGCGUAUUUCUAGUUGUAUUCAUUGUAUCGAGUCAUACUAUAGCUUGUUGGAAAGGUAUUUUUGCGCGCUAUAAUAUAGUCCUUGACAGUGUUUUGUUUGGUUAAGUCGUUCGUGAGUUAUAGUGUCGCAAAUAUGGAGCAAAAUAAAGAGAAAAUCCGACAUAUUUUACAGUACUACAAUGACAAAGGAAAAAAUGCAUCUCAAGCUGCCAAUAAAAUUUGUGCAGUUUAUGGACCCGAUACAGUUUCCAUUUCCACCGCACAACGAUGGUUUCAACGUUUUCGUUCUGGUGUAGAGGUCGUCGAAGAUGCGCCACGCUCCGGAAGGCCUGUCGUCGAAAAUUGCGACAAAAUCGCUGAAUUAGCCGAGAAAGACCAGCAUAGUAGCAGCCGUAGCAUCGGCCAAGAGCUGGGGAUAAGUCAUCAAACCGUUAAUAACCAUUUGAAGAAGCUUGGAUUCACAAAGAAGCUCGAUGUAUGGGUGCCACACACGUUGACGCAAAAAAACAUCUUUGACCGUAUCGACGCAUGUGAAUCGCUGCUGAAUCGCAACAAAAUCGACCCGUUUCUGAAGCGGAUGGUGACUGGCGAUGAAAAGUGGGUCACUUACGACAACGUGAAGCGCAAACGGUCGUGGUCGAAGCUCUCAUUAACGGCCAGGAAGGUUCUGCUGUGUGUUUGGUGGGAUUGUCAAGGAAUAAUCUAUUAUGAGCUGCUUCCCUAUGGCCAAACGCUUAAUUCGGACCUGUACUGCCAAUAACUGGACCGCUUGAAGGUAGCACUCAUGAAGAAGAGGCCAUCUUUGAUAAACAGAGGCCGCAUUGUCUUCCAUCAGGACAACGCCAGGCCACACACUUCUUUGGUGACGCGCCAGAAGCUCCGGGAGCUCGGAUGGGAGGUUCUUUUGCAUCCGCCGUAUAGUCCGGACCUUGCACCAAGUGACUACCACCUGUUUUUGUCCAUGGCGAACGAGCUAGGUAGUCAGAAGUUAGCCACAAAAGAGGCCUGUGAAAAUUUGCUAUCCGAGCUUCUAUAACAGGGGUAUUAUGAAGUUGGCAUCUCGUUGGGAACAAGUCAUCGAACAAAACGGCGAAUAUUUGACUUAAAACAGAUGAUUGUAACUAAUUUUAUGAACAAAUGAAAAUUCAAAAAAAAUACCGCAGGACUUUUUUGACAGCCUAAUAUUAACACCAUCACACUAACACAUUGCUGACCGCUCACGAGUUUUCUCGUGUUUUGCGUUCCGUCUGUUACGGAUGGAUCACGAAAUAAUCCGUGUUUUCUACACUUGAAGGUUAAAUCCUUGGUUUGCCAAGAAUCUAACAAGGCCUACCGAUGUGGCUCGCCUUCGUCUCAUCCACAUCGAAGGAAACGAUCUCAUUCGUGGAAUCUGAACAAAUGAAGCGUUCAAGUUUGCCUCAAAACGCGCGGUCCUAACUGUGCUAACUAGGCUGGCAGUAAAAAUUGUGAAGAAAUUGGAUGACAUCGGGUCUAGCUGAAGCGUUCUUUUCUAGACCUGAGACUAAUACAGUAAACAUUUAUUAACUAUGCGAAAAGGGAAGACCAGUUAUCGACAUUCGCGUUUUAACUGGUCCGGCAUGUUAAACGUCAAAUAAAAUCGAGGGGAAGUUCAAUAAAUUGUUUGAUUCGCGUUGAUCAUGAAAUUGGAUGAACGAAAGGAUACCAAUGGAAGUUUCGCACUGAGUGCGACAACUGGUAUGAAAUAUAAUUUGAAGAAGUUAUUUUUCUGUAAUUUAAUCAAUGUUUUGUCAUGCGAAAAUAAUCUCAAUUUUCAUAACAUUUCAGAUUACAUCGAAUUCCCCCCACAGCAAUCCUUCCAUUUGAAUAUGGCGUCGAUUGUUUACGAAAUUCUGCUUUUUAGCUGGUCUAAGGGCCAGUGAAUCCAUAUAUAAUAUGGAUUAUAUGAAUAAAACAUAGAAUAGAAGAUAGAAUCAAACUUGAAAUAAAAUUCAAGCGAAAUACUAGAAUUUUCUUGAUUUUUUUUUCCAAAAACUGUAGUGUAGACGUGGACAACAGGAGGAGGGGUAUAAGAAAUGUCCACGAUUGUCCACGGAGGGGGAGGGGGGUGUCUAAAAUUAUGUUUUUUUCUGUCCACGUGGUGAACAGCCCCUUAUCGUAUUUCUCGAACGAUCCAUACGGUGAAAUUCUCCAGGGGCUCCUGUUCUGUACGUGAACAGGAGAUUUUUGGGCGGUUUCCGAGUCAUUAAAUAUCAUUCGCAAUAGUGCCGGGAACAAUCCAUGGAUUUAAAAUAUGGGUGGGUUAUAUCUAUGGUAUAAUCGCAAGGUUGACGCGGGACUACCUUAUCGUACCAAUCAUUGGUUAGUAUUGAUUAAAGUUUUGAUUGAAUGAAACAAUUCUUGAAUUCAAUUGAAUUCAAUAUAUUCGCUUUAUGAGUAAAAAGAUUGUAUAAUUCCGUAUAAGGUAAAUUCAUGCAUUGUGAUAGAUUAUGUUCUCCAUUACAAGUAAAUUUUAUGACAGUCUUUUUACGUUUGGUAUGAUACAUAGUGUGCACCCGUGGCCGAGUGGUUAGCGUCUCACAUUAUCAUGCCGGGUGUUCGGGUUCGAUUCCCGUUCUGGCCGGGGGAUUUUUCGUCAAAGAAAUUUCCUUCGACUUGCACUGUGGUCACGCGUAUUCAACAGCUUGCCCCUCGGAAUACAUUCAAGGCGUGUUGUUUGGCUUAAGAAAUUUCAACUAAGUAUUAAUAAAUGACGCUAGUUAAUGCAUACGUUGAGACGGCAAAAGUUCCACAGGGAACGUUAAAUGCCAUUCAAGAAGAUGAUACAUAGGAAAAAAUAUGUGAACGAAAGAAUUAUCAAACGAUUAUUUCAUUUGACGUUUCCUUCUGAAGUUUGCAUCUCUCAAGUGUACGUACUUCUCGGAAGACCGUGAUAAGGAAACAUAUUCUAGUUUGCACAAAGGCAAGCGAGUACAAAAGUACUCGCAGUUUGCAUUUAUUUGCUGAGACUAUUUUCCCACGCUCCAUAGAUUUGAAGUCUGUGUUAGGGAAACACAUUUCAGUCGGAACAAAAAAGCCCCCGACUUACAUGUAUUUGGAAUGUCAAUUUCCUCACGCUCCAUGUAUUUGAAAUCUGUGUUAGGGAAACACAUUUCAGUCAGAACAAAAAUACCCCCGACUUUCAUGUAUUUGCAAUGCCGAUCUCUCCAACGCUGCUUGGUUUUGAAGUCUGUGUUAGGGAACAUAUUUCGGUGAGAGCAAAAGUUCCCAUACUUUCAUGUAUUUGCAAUGCCGAUUUCCCCAAGGCUGCUUGGUUUUGAUGGCUGUGUUAGGGAAACCGUAGAUCGGGCCAAUCAAAACGAGGUUGCUAGGGCGUUUAGAUAACGCUUAACAUUUUACAGUUAUUCAAUUGUUUAUCCAAUGAAAAAUAACAUUUUAUUAAAUGCGAUAGAAGCGUAGAAACAUUCCCUAUCAAUUGAUGCAAACAUCUUUCCGAUCCAGUAAGAAAUGUUCGAGUUAUAAGCAUUCGGAAUCUUUCAUUUUUUCCUGCAUGCUCUGUGUUUAGGUUUUAUUUUACCCCCCAUAUACUCCAGUUAGACGUAGUCCCACGUCAAAAUUAUAUGAUGUAUGAAACACAGGAGUUCCUUCUGCCCAUAUUCAUAUAGAAUGAGCAACUAAGAGAGCACAGAUUGCUUGUGCCAAUUGAUCAAUCAAUUGUUCAAUUAUUCGAUGAUAACUUUUAAACAAAAAAUAUGAUAUUGUUCAUUGUAUUGGACUAUUAGAGAAUGCCAAAAUGAUUGAUGUAAAUAUUUCGAAAAUUUUUCAGCAAAUGACUGAGCGAUAAGCGAUUGAAAUUGGAAAUUUUCGCGAUGUGGUAGAUUUUUCGUUUUUCACUUUGUACUCAAAAUGUGUUCCCGAUAGACAUAGUCCUACGUCCAUCAGUUUUUAAUCAAUAAAACAGGAAGUGGGUUAUAUCUAUGGUAUAACCGCAAGGGUGACGUAGGACUAUCGUUGAUUUAGAGAUCAUUUGUUUGAAGUUGAAUCUAAAUCCAUCCUGAAUGAAUGAAUAAAUAAAUAUUUGGGUGACUUCAAAAACGAGAGUGUUACUUUGAAGACUCAAGGUUUUAUGCAUCCAAUAUUGGAUACAAAAAACCUUGUUCUGAAGAAUAAUCUUCAGAAGCUUUCCUGUUAACUGCACUUGAUUGACAAAUCACAGAACCAAAUGUAUGUGGUCGCAGUAUUAUACGGAUAGAAAACAUUAAAAUAAACUCGCUUGAAUGUAAUUUUCAAUUCCAAGGGGAACUGGCAGAUUAUUUUUCAGCAACGAUCAUUUCUUUCCAAGUUUCCUCUCGAUAACCAGCAAACGAAAAGAGUUGCGCGCGUGUAUGUGUGUGUGUGUGUGGCGGCUGCUUCUAUGUCUUCCCGAGGAACCGUAUUUCGAUGCUGAUACUCUCUUGGUCACCUUCUCUUCUCCUUCUGAUCGAUCGGCUUUUCUGCGCUUCCUCACAGUUAAAACAAACUGAUUGCAUUUCAGGUCAGGUCAAGCCAGGUAAUGAAUACCUCGAUCCCUCGCCGUUCAGCUCGUUCAGUAACGAUGUUGUCUUGUCGAUGUCCUCAGGCGUCGUGCACAAAUUACGUAAUCCGGAUUUUGAACCUCCCCCCCCCCCCUUUCGUAACGCAAUUUCCUAUCUCUAAUAAACAGAAAGUAACGCAACAUCUAACCCCUCCCCCCUUAUCGCGUUACGUAAUUUGUGCACGACGCCUCACGAAAAAUGAAUGGGUUUCACCACCAGAAUAUUAUUUCAGUAUGCUUUUCGUGCGUGAUUGAAUCGAGAGAAGGUGUGGUUUACGAUGGCAAUUUGGAAGGCAAACUAGAGGAGAAUGAACUCUCUGAGUAUGAAAAUUUCGGCGACUGAGCAAUAAUCGAUUGAAAAUUAUAUAAUUUUGGCGAUACGAAACAUUUUCCGUUUUUCAUGUUAUGCAUCCAUUAUUGGAUACGAAAAUAUCCUACCGAUGGGAAAGAAUAAUCUUCAGAAGCUUUCCAGCUAAUUACUUUGGAAGCGCAAGUCGGUUUUGAAGUCCUGAGCAAU